AUGCAAGUCGCGCGCGCAAACGUCGCCCAGUCCUUCCCCUCGGGCUCGUCCUCGCAGCCCGCCAUGUACGCCAACUCGCCGCACGGCAUCAUGGCUGCUCCUUCCUUCAACCGCUCCUUCUCCGACGCCAAUGGCUACCAGCAACACUCGAUGGAUAAGCCCCAGAUAUAUACCGCUGUCUACUCGGGCGUUUCUGUGUACGAGAUGGAGGUCAACCGCGUCGCCGUCAUGCGCCGACGCUCCGACGGCUGGCUUAAUGCGACCCAGAUUCUCAAAGUCGCUGGCGUUGACAAGGGCAAGCGCACAAAGGUGCUCGAGAAAGAGAUAUUGGUAGGCGAGCACGAGAAGGUCCAGGGUGGCUACGGCAAGUACCAGGGUACAUGGAUCAACUACCGCCGGGGGAGGGAGUUUUGUCGCCAAUAUGGCGUCGAGGAUAUUCUCAGGCCAUUGCUAGAUUACGACGUCAGCGCAGACGGCAACGCCGGACAGGGCAUCGAAACGCCGACCAAGGAACAGGCCAUGGCAGCAAACAGGAAGCGCUUCUACACUCAAAGUAUGGAUGGCCGUGGAGGAACUCAAAGUGUGGGCGGUACCUUCUUCUCCAACAUCUCGUCCACAGCCACAAGUGCGCUCGCGGCCAUGAAUAAAGUGGCAAGAUUGAACUCACCCGCCCCGCCCCGCCCAGCGAGCUCAUCCCAGGGUCGCAGGUCCAUGGGCCGACCGUCUCAGAAUCCCAUCGGAAGCCAGGACUCAUUCCGCGCAAGCAGCCAGCAGAGCGUCCAGAGCCUAGCAUCUGAACGCAGUUUUGGAGCUACCAAUGGCCACACGGACUCCGCAUAUGGCACCGGCGUCGACGACAUACAGGAGCCGCCUCGGAAAAGGAUGCGCCCGUCACAGGAGGAAUCUUUUUCGCUUUCGCAAUCGCAGCCCAAUGGAGGAGAUGUGGUCAUGCAAGAUCAUGGCUCUCCUACGGAGCCGAACGACUCUUUCUAUCAGACAGGUCUGCCUGUCAAUACACCCGACGGGGACGUGUCAACUGCAUUACCACCGUUGCCUCAUCCCAGUGAUAAGAUCUCUGAGGAAAAACAGGCUAUGCUGACUGAUCUCUUCGCGGAUCAGUCAAGAACUGACUUUACAAAUCACCCCGCGAUACUCCAUCUCUCUGGAUCUGACCUCGAUAUGCCAAUUGACAACAGCUCGAACACUGCUCUGCACUGGGCGGCAACAUUGGCACGUGUGUCCCUGAUGCGUCUUCUCGUUUCCAAAGGCGCAAAUAUUUUCAGAGGAAAUGCGGCAGGCCAAACGCCACUAAUGAGUGCCGUUGCGGUAAACAACAGCCUUGAUCAUAGCUGUUUCCCGGAAACCCUUGAAAUACUGGCUCCCCUCAUUGAGCUACGCGAUGCUCAAGGACGGACAAUCCUGCAUCAUAUUGCAGUCACGUGUGCUAUCAAGGGUCGAGCAGCCUCGAGCAAAUACUACCUAGAGGCACUUUUGGAGUACUUAGUACGAAGCAACAUUGGCGCCAGCCAAGCUGCUUUUGAAGGCACCGGCAAUUACGCGAAACCCAUCGGCCUGAUGCGGUUCAUGCAAGACAUGGUGAACGCUCGGGACAAGGCUGGCAAUACGGCACUGAAUCUUGCAGCGAGAAUUGGAAACCGGAACAUAAUAUCCCAGCUGAUGGAGGUCCAAGCCGACCCUACAAUACCAAAUCACAAGGGCACACGCCCAAUAGAUUUUGGUGUUGGCAAUGACGCAGAUGCCGAUGUCCCCACAACCAUUAGCAGUCCGAGUAAAGGGAAGGUGCCUCUAAGCAAAGUGGAGGAAACUAGUCGGGAGAUACAGCCGCUCAUGAGCGGCAUACUACAAAGUGCAAGCAUGCAAUUUACCCAGGAAGCCCGCUUGAAACAAGACAACAUUGACCGCACCAACGAAGCCAUAGCCCAGCUCUCCGCCCUUCAAAAAACAGAGCAACAACGACUAGAAAGUAUAAGAGCGCGUAUGCGAGUACGACAGGACCGCGCGAAACGCGUAUCAAACCUCAAGCGAUGGGUCGACCUUCAACGCAAAAGCCUUGCUGUAAGCACAGAUGCAAAUCUUCGAGACAAGCGCCAGAUCGGCUACGCCGAUAUUGAAGGCUCGAAUCUCGCCAUCUCAGCAUCAGACCUCCCUAACCAGCUUCUCGUCGCUGGCGAUCAUCUCAUCCGCAAGGCCUCCGAUGGACCCGCCUACCUGAAUACGCCAUUGCCAGCAGACGCGGCCUUCCUCACGCAAACAAACACGAACACACUGGCCAACUUGCCAAGUAUAGCGACUCUGAGGAGUAAGUUGGAAGUGUAUACCAAGAUCAAUAGCAAAUUAGCGGAAAGAAGUAGUAUGCUGAAGGAAAAGGACGGGCAGUUGGAAGUCAUGUACAGGAAGGUCGUUUCUCUAUGCACCAAAGUCGACGAAGACAGAGUGGACAGCGUGCUGGACUUGUUGGUGCAGGCGCUGGACAGUGAUCCGUUGGAGGGUGCGGAUGUGGGGCGAGUAAAAGAGUUUUUGAGAAAGGUCGAGGGUGUUGAGGUGUAA